UUAUCCAUGCCUACACACUGUAUAGCACCAAGUGGAAGCCUUAAUUUAAAAUAUGGGCUCAGUGGUGCACAUGUAGGAUCAUCAACUCUAAGAAGCAUGCCAGUCUGAUGGGGGCAUCUAUAGGGAGGAAGGAUACACAUGAUGUUGAGAGGAAUCUCUGCAUUUCCUUUUUUUAAGGUUUUUUAAUAUUUAUUUAUUUAUUAUGUAUACAAUAUCCUGUCUGUAUGCCUGAAGGCCAGAAGAGGGCACCAGACCUCUUUACAGAUGGUUGUGAGCCACUGUGUGGUUGCUGGGAAUUGAACUCAGGACCUUUGGAAGAGCAGGCAACGCUCUUAACCACUGAGCCAUCUCUCCAGCCCCCUAUGCAUUUCCAAGUCAUUUAUGUGAUUUUAAAACUGCUCAUUAAAAAUAGACUUCUUUUCAAAAAGGAGACUUUCAUCUCAAUAAAAUCCAUGGUAAGUCUAGAGUAAUGAAGACAUAACCACCAGAGAGAAACUGGAACACUGGGGCAGACCUGCAACCACCCUGACUCAAGACAGUGAUCACCCCUCAGAAGGGAGUGCGUCUGUUUGGAACAUGGUAUAAAGGCAUUUGGAAAACAAGAACUCCAAUUUAUUUCAUUCAAAACAUAUUUAAAGUGAAUAAAUAUAUAUAUGCCAAAAGAAAACAUUCAAAAUAUACACAAUAUUCUUAUGACCUUAAAUUAUGAAAAUUUAAAAGUACUAAACAAAUUUGAAAAUUAUUAACAGAUCAAAUUAAACACAAGAUGUUUUAUUGAUCAAGCCACAAUAUCAAUGAAAUGCAAGGCAUUGAGUGGGAAAUAUUUGAGCAUAUCUAUCCGGAAAAGAGAUUAUCCAGAAUAUACGGGGUAUUUCUUCAGACCAACACGCAAACAAAUAGCAGCCACAUAUCAGAAACAUAUACAAAAUUGUGAAUUAAAUUAUAUCUAUGUAUAAAUUAAAAGAAUACUGAAACACUCAGUUAAAAUUUGGAAAGAAAUGGCAAAUUGAAAUGCACAAACAAAUAAGGACGCUUGGUGGCGCUGCAGGCUAAGAGUCCGAAAUAAUGGCUCUGCAGACGCCCAGGACGCCAUCUCUUUAAGCUAAGAACCAGUUCUUUGGCGGCUGUUUGAAAGAGAAGGUAACAAGAAAGGUUUCUGGGAGAAUUUGGGAAGAAAGGGUCUCUCUAUUCAGAUUUAGAUCAAUAUUUUCACAAACCCUCCUGAGUGGAUUGUAAUUGACCUGAAGAAGCAGCACCCUACGAACUGCAUCUGAACAAUGGAGACAGCUCUAGCAAAAACAGCAGAGAAAAGGCAAGUCGUUUUUCUUACUAUAUUGUUGCUUUUGUGGGAGGCUGAAUGUAAGACAAUAAGAUAUUCCAUGCCAGAAGAAAUGGAGACUGGCUACCUGGUGGCUAACCUGGAAAAAGAUCUGGGGCUCAGGGUGGGGGAACUGGCCACCAGAGGGGCGCAAAUCCAUUACAAAGGAAACAAAGAGCUCUUGCAAAUGGAUGCAGAGACAGGGAAUUUGUUCUUGAAGGAAAAACUGGACCGUGAGGAGCUGUGUGGGGUAACAGAACCCUGUGUGCUGCACUUCCAGCUCAUACUGGAAAACCCUGUGCAGUUCUUCCACACUGACCUACAGCUCACAGACAUAAACGACCAUUCUCCAGAGUUCCCGCACAGGGAAAUGCUCCUAACAAUUCCUGAGAGCGCCCAGCCAGGGACUGUGUUUCCUCUGAAGGCAGCUCAGGACCCUGACAUAGGCAGCAAUGCUGUUCAGAACUACACAGUCAGCCCCAACCUCCACUUCCAUGUCGUUACUCACAGUCGUGCUGAUGGCAGGAAAUACCCAGAGCUGGUGCUGGACAGAGCCCUGGACAGGGAGGAGCAGCCUGAGCUCACUUUAACCCUCACUGCUGUGGAUGGUGGGUCGCCACCCAGGUCUGGGACCACUACAGUUCGCAUUGAAGUCGUGGACAUCAAUGAUAACGCUCCCCAGUUUGUACAGUCGCUCUAUGAGGUUCAAGUCCCUGAGAACAGCCCCCUUGGUGCCUUAGUUGUGGCAGUUUCUGCCAGGGAUUUAGAUGUGGGACCUCAUGGGAGUGUAGCCUACUCUCUGUUUCAAGGUGGUGGGGCCUCUCAGCCAUUUAUUAUAGACGACAUCACAGGAGAAAUUCGUCUGAGGGAAGAGUUGGAUUUCGAGGUUACUAGCCAGUAUAACAUAGAAAUCGCAGCCACGGAUGGAGGAGGCCUUUCGGGGAAAUGCACUGUGGCUGUACAGGUGUUGGAUGUGAAUGACAACGCCCCUGAGCUGACUAUCAGAAAGCUCACAAUCCCUAUCCCAGAAAACUCACCAGAGACUGUAGUUGCUGUUUUCAGUGUUUCUGACGCAGAUUCUGGGGACAACGGAAGGAUGGUGUGUUCUAUUCUGAACGAUUUCCCAUUUCUCUUAAAACCCACUUUCAAGAACUAUUACACUUUAGUGAUAGAGGGAGCACUGGACAGAGAGAGCAGAGCUGAGUACAACAUCACCAUCACAGUCAGCGACAUGGGCACACCCAGGCUCACAACCCAGCACACCAUAACAGUGCAGGUCUCUGACGUCAACGACAAUGCCCCCACCUUCACACAAAGCUCCUACACCCUGUUUGUCCAAGAGAACAACAGUCCCGCCCUGCACAUAGGCACCAUCAGCGCCACAGACUCAGACUCAGGCUCCAAUGCCCACAUCACCUACUCGCUGCUGUCCACCCACGACUCACAGCUGGACCUCUCCUCGCUCAUCUCCAUCAAUGCCGACAACGGGCAGCUGUUCGCGCUCAGGUCGCUGGACUAUGAGACCCUGCAAACUUUCGAGUUCCACGUGGGCGCCACAGACCAAGGCUCUCCCGCGCUCAGCAGCCAGGCGCUGGUGCGCGUGCAGGUGCUGGACGCCAACGACAAUGCACCCUUCGUGCUCUACCCGCUCCAGAACGCCUCUGCACCCUUCACAGAGUUGCUGCCCAGGGCAGCGGAGCCAGGCUACCUGGUCACCAAGGUGGUGGCAGUGGACCGCGACUCUGGCCAGAAUGCCUGGCUGUCAUUCCAGUUGCUCAAGGCCACAGAGCCAGGGCUGUUUAGCGUGUGGGCUCACAAUGGCGAGGUGCGCACCUCCAGGCUGCUGAGUGAGCGCGAUGCACCCAAGCACAGGCUGCUGCUGCAGGUCAAGGACAAUGGCGAUCCUCCGCGGUCUGCCAGUGUCACUCUGCAGGUGCUGGUGGUGGAUGGCUUCUCUCAGCCCUUCCUGCCUCUGCCAGAGGUGGCGCGCGACCCCGCGCAGGAUAAUAAUGACUUGCUCACACUCUAUUUAGUCAUUGCCUUGGCAUCUGUGUCUUCGCUCUUUCUCUUAUCUGUGCUGCUGUUUGUGGGGGUGAGGUUGUGCCGGAGGGCCAGGGCAGACUCUCUGGGUGGAUACUCUGUGCCUGAAGGACCCAUCCCUGGUCACUUGAUGGAUGUCAGUGGUUCAGGAACCUUAUCCCAGAGCUAUCAGUAUGAGGUGUACCUGAAAGGAGGUACAGGAACAAAUGAGUUUAAAUUUCUUAAGCCAUUAUUUCCUAACCUUCAGAGCCAGGCGGCUGCUGAAGAAAGAGAAAAUGCUGAAAGAGAAAAUGCUGUUGUGCGCAAUAGUUUUGGAUUCUAUUAGAGCGAUUAUUUUGAAGUGAUGUUCACCUCGUUUAUCAUGACUAACCCUGAUGUAGAGUACAGAGAGACAUCCCCUUGAGAUAUAGAUUUAAUUUCUCCUUUCAUUUGGAUUUGUCUGUUCAAGUUUCAUACUAUAAGAGAAAGUUUAAUUCUACUUCAUUGUGUUUGUGUAUAUUUCUAUGCCCUACCAAUGCAUGCUGAGCUCCCUUUUCACUCUAUUUUUGCUCUUUUUUAGAACUAGUACUUGCCGUAACAAAUUAGAACUUUUUUGUUAGUGGAGCCUUAUUUUGUUUGGUUAUUUGACAUAGGGUCUUGCUGAUCUGGAAUGGCUUUGUACAGAUUGAUGGAAAGUUCAUGGUGAUCAGACUGCUUCUGUUGCCCUAAGUGUUGGGAUUAUGAGCAUCCAUCAACAGGCUCACCUGUGGUGAAGUUUGCCUUAAUAAAGAUCAAAUAUUGGUUUA